AUGGAUGGAAAAGGAAUUGCUCAUCCCGUUGGUGUCAACCAUGACGAGGAUGCAGAGCGUCUUUCAUACAUAUUGUCCCCUGACAGCUUCAGAAUAUGCACCGCUACGCUAGCGAGAAGAGUAUCUGGUUCGACCAGAGCCUUGGUCAAUGUGGGUUCUGUUGAGCAUACACCCACCGGUCUUCAUGGCUGUCUCUCCAAUAAACCAGAAUGUAAGCCGAUGAAAUCUGAGGACGAAAGCCUGCCGAUAGAGACCACUAUGCUUUCAGAUGGCUCUGGUUUCCCUAUUCCUGCCGCAGGAUGGAAUACUACUGUCCCUGUACAUGGACAGGAUCAAGCUGCCUUUGCAACGACAGCACAGUUCCAGACUCACCAGCUUGCCCCACCUUCAUCACAUCCUGCGUCUCAAUACAAGCAUAAUUUUCCAUAUGCAGGGGUAAUGGAUGGCAGCAUUUGUCGGUCCCAACACCCGCGCGAAAACCCGCCCGUUUCUGACUUGACUAUGCUGCAAGACCCAGAACCUUCUUACAUGCGUCGUUCUUAUCGAGAGGAGAUAGAAGCGGCAAACGGCGGCAUAAGACCUGAUGAUCUUCUGCGGACCUACAUCCGUAUGAACCUCAAAUGCAUACUUAGAGCCUGUGACAGGGUGUUCGACGAUGAAGAUGAAGCGGAGGAUCAUUUUCAACUCGAUCACAACUAUCCGGAAAAUUGUGAAUGCGGUUUGCAGGUUUAG